UUUUUCUCAGAUCGUGUUCUAGCAUCGUUGACAAAAUAACAUAAAGAAAAAAAUUUAAUUCAAUACUUUUGUUAUCUCAUAUGUGAUGUUUUGUGUAAGUGAAUUGUGUAAAUGAAUUUGAAGUCAAAGUCAAAGUUUUAUGUUUAGAUUAAAUUUUAAAAUGUUAAAUAUGGAGAGAAUUUUUAUAGUUACUACUGUAUUAUUAUUAUUUAACCUCCAUGGAAUUAUUGCUUACCGAAAUUUAACAUUCUUACCCAUUGUUUAUGAGGCGGAGUACGAAAAAGAAUAUGAACUCCUCAUAAACACUACUGUUGAAUAUGAAUUUUUAUACCCAACUAACAGUGAAAUAUGGAUGGAAACUGCUAGAAUAAAAGUUGAAAGCAAUGCCACUCAUGAUUUACCUCUUAUUAUAGUAGCACGUCACAAGAAAGGAAUUUUAUCAUGGCAAAUUCCUCUAGUUGUAGAUAGUUUAUAUUUCAAUGAUUCAAUUUAUAAUAAAACUAGUCGGACUUUGUGUUCGACAGAAAAUUAUAACAGUGAAUGGAAGAAUAUUAGAGGAGAAUUUGUUACUAUCACUUUAUCCACUGCUGAUGACAGAAAUGUUUUGUUCAAGCUGAAUGUAACGCAUUAUACAGAAUUUUACUUGAGAACAGGAGAGAAACGUUCAACAGAAAUUUCUCCAUCUGAACCUAUUUAUUAUGGUUACAUCUUCCAAGAGCAAAUGGAAAGUCCUGUCGUUAUUGUCCAUGUUGAAUCUGAGAGUGAUAUUUGUAUGACAGUCUCGAUACAAAAUAUAUCGUGUCCUGUAUUUGAUUUAGAAAGGAAUAUUCAAUUUGCUGGUUACUGGCAAACUGUUAGUCGCCAGGGUGGUAUUACUGUGCCUAGAGAAGCAUAUCCAAUGGGAUUUUUUGUUGUACUUGUAGUAAAGGGUGAUGAUACUGACUGUUAUGGAUCACCUAAUACAGUCUCUGUACGGAAUAAAAAUGUGUCAAUAACAGUAAAUCCUGGUGUUACCAAACGCGAUUACGUGAUCGCAUCAAGUGUAGUGAUAUCUCUUAUUUUUGGUUUCUGCAUAGUGUAUGUUAUGGGCAUAACAUUCUCUGUAAUUAAAGAAGGUAAAAAAAUUCACCAGGAAUUAUUGGAUAAUCAAAUAUGUGAGAACAAUGAUCCUAUGCAGACUCCUUUUACAAUAGAAGAGAUACAGCCUCGGGUGUCAAUAUCUUCAGAAGAAGAUUCGUCGCUAGAUGAAGAUGAUAUUGAUAUCUUGCAAGAUGUUCAUUCUGAUAAAGCAGUAAUACGAACGAAACUUGUACUUUCAGUUAGCGAUUUGGCUCGCAAACAUCCAAAAAUUUUACGGCAUAAGUCCCGAUUAUAUCUUUAUUAUUUAAUAACGAUUACCAUCUUCUAUACUUUACCCGUUUUGCAAUUAGUAGUAACUUACCAGAACAUACUUCACAUUACUGGAAAUCAAGAUAUAUGUUACUAUAAUUUUUUAUGCGCCCAUCCACUUGGAUUGCUGUCGGAUUUCAAUCACGUGUUUUCGAAUUUUGGAUACAUCAUAUUAGGUCUUCUGUUUAUAUUGGUAACAUAUACUCGAGAAAAGCAUGCAAAUAUGGUAAAAAACCAGUCUUACGGUAUACCGCAACAUUAUGGAUUAUUUUAUGCACUUGGAUUUGCUCUUAUCAUGGAAGGAAUACUUUCAGGAAGUUAUCAUGUAUGUCCGAAUCGAAGUAAUUUUCAAUUCGACACAAGUUAUAUGUACAUCAUAGCAAUACUUUGUAUGAUCAAAAUUUAUCAAACGCGGCAUCCCGAUAUAAACGCUCGAGCACCGAUUACAUUUGGAGUCUUAGCUUUAAUCAUUCUAACAGGAUUAAUCGGCGUUUUGGAUGGUUCCACUACUUUCUGGAUUAUAUUUACGAUUAUGUAUUUGCUAAUUUGCUUGUUUGUGACUAUUCAAUUUUACUAUAUGGGACGAUGCAGACUUAAAGGUAUCUCCAAAAGAAUCGUAGAGUCUUGUAAAUAUGAUGUUCACUCUGGAGUUAAAAAUUUAUUUAAACCUUUGUACCCAGGACGAUUUACACUGCUUGCCAUAGCAAAUUUAUGUAACGUUGGUCUUGCAGUAUUCGGAAAUUUAAGUCAUGAAAAAAACUUUGCAACAUUUCUAUUAAUUAUAUUAAUGUUCAAUUUAAUGUUGUAUACUAUUUUUUAUAUUGGAAUGAAGAUGUUACAAAAAGAGAAGAUACUUCCUCAACCAUUAAUUUAUAUUAUUUUGGCAGUUGCGUUCUGGAUUGCAGCUAUGUAUUUUUUUAUAAACAAAACUAUUUCGUGGGCGGUUACACCAGCCAAAUCUCGCCUUUAUAACAAACCCUGUUAUAAGUUCCUAAGGUUUUUUGACAACCAUGACAUUUGGCAUUUUUUAUCUGGCAUAGCAAUAUUUUUCUCCUUUAUGGUUUUGCUUACCCUAGAUGACGAUCUAGUCGAUGUACAUCGAAGUCAAAUACUAGUCUUUUAAGGGUAAUGAUACGAACAGAUGUUACUCCUAAUUUUUGUCAUCUCUUUAUGAGGAUAUGAUUGUGUAUAAUAUACAUUUUACCUUGAUAUUAAUGAAUUAAAAAUAGUAUAAAAUAUAUAUGUAUAUAUAAAGAUCAUAUAGCAACUAUUUUGUAUUAAACACCUUAAUUUUGUUAAAUAUUCAGAUUCAUAAA